UUUCUUCUUUUACUACUAUUCCUUUUUCUCUCUUUUUCCCUUUUUUAAGUUCCAUCUUACAUACAUAUAUAUAUUACAAUGACUGUAGUUAAGAACGUUUGCUGUAUUGGUGCUGGUUAUGUUGGUGGACCUACUUGUGCUGUAUUGGCAUAUAAGUGUCCUGAUAUCAAGGUGACUAUUGUCGAUCUUAGUGAAGCUCGUAUUGCUGCUUGGAACUCUGAUCAUCUUCCCAUCUAUGAACCUGGUCUUGACGAAGUCGUAUUUGCUUGUCGUGAUAAGAACUUAUUCUUCUCUACUAAUGUCGAUGCUGCUAUUCAAGAAGCUGAUCUUAUCUUUGUUUCUGUCAAUACUCCUACAAAGAAAUCUGGUAUGGGUGCUGGUAUGGCUGCUGAUCUUGCUUAUGUUGAAAGUGCUACUCGUCGUAUUGCUGAAGUGGCUAAAAGUUCCAAGAUUGUGGUGGAAAAAUCAACUGUUCCUUGUCGAACUGCUCAAAGUAUGCGUACUAUUUUGGAAGCCAAUUCAACACCUGAAAUUCAAUUUGAUAUCUUAUCCAAUCCUGAAUUCUUGGCUGAAGGUACUGCUAUCAAAGAUUUAUUGAACCCUGAUCGAGUCUUAAUUGGUGCUCUUCAAACUGAAAGUGGUAUUGAAGCUCAAAAUGCUUUGGUGGAUGUUUAUACCCAUUGGGUUCCCAAGGAACGUGUUAUCACUACAAAUCUCUGGUCAUCCGAAUUAUCAAAACUUGCUGCCAAUGCUAUGCUUGCUCAACGUAUCUCAUCUAUUAAUGCCUUAUCAGCCAUUUGUGAAGCUACUGGUGCUGAUGUGGAUGAAGUGGCUUUCGCUUGUGGUAAGGAUACCCGUCUUGGCUCUAAAUUCUUGAAGGCUUCUGUUGGCUUUGGUGGUUCAUGUUUCCAAAAAGAUAUCCUCAACUUGGUCUACCUCUCUAAACAACUCAACUUACCUGAAGUGGCUGCUUACUGGGAACAAGUUGUGAUCAUGAACGAAUAUCAAAAGAAACGAUUUGUACGUAACAUCAUCUCCACCUUGUUUAACACCAUCACCAACAAAAAGAUUGCUGUACUUGGCUUUGCUUUCAAGAAGGAUACUGGUGAUACUCGUGAAUCUGCUGCUAUUACAUUGAUUAAGGACUUUAUUCAAGAAAAUGCUCGUGUCGCUAUCUAUGAUCCCAAGGUCGAAGCACAACAAAUUUACAUGGAUUUAUCUGAACCUGGUGUCGUUGAUACUCAAAAACAAUUGGAAAAGAAUGUACAAAUUUGUCAAUCUGCUUAUGAAGCUGCUGAUGGUGCUGAUGCUGUUGUCAUUGUGACUGAAUGGGAUGAAUUCCGUGAUGAUCAAUUGGAUUACUCAAAAAUCUAUACUGGUAUGAACAAACCUGCCUUUUUGUUUGAUGGUCGUCUUUUGGUCAAUGCUCAAAAGUUACGUCAAAUUGGAUUCAAGGUUAGUGUUAUUGGCAAGAAUGAAUUGGCUGGUACUGCUUAGAUUAUCUUUUUUUUUGUUUCCGUAUCAUUUUGUGUUUUAGACCUAUUUUACCCCCCUCCUUGCCUUUUUUUUUUUUAUAUAUAUACAUACACUUACAUACAUCCUCUCAUCUCUUGUUGAAUACGAAUAAAAAAAAAAAACAGCCUCCUUUAAAAAAAAAAGUGUAAAAAAUAAAUAAAAACCAUUAUGAUCAUGAUGAUCAUCCAUUCUUUUUAGGUAAUCUGAACCUUUUUUUUUUUUUUUUUUUUU